CUCUGCACUAAACAUCGUGGACACUAUACGCGCAGGAACAACUGUGGUGUUAUUUGUUUUUAGUAUCACAUUUUCUUCAUUAUGGAAGCCAUCUUCUACGUCUCUUUAGUAAGUAACUGUUAAUUAAUAUACAACAAAUAUACAUUUUGAGCUCAACGAGUGCUUCUAAACUCAACACCCGGUACUGAAUAACUAACUGCAACGGGUUGUUUUAAAAUCUUGCCACUCCCCACCCCCUAUUUAAAGAAAUUUAUUAACUACCCUUAAUUUCAUAAAAUAAAAAGACCAAAUAAUAAUAUCUAUAGAAGACCUUUUUACCUAUGGGUUAGUGUCGGUGUAUUUUUCAGCUCCCAAAUACGUAGUUUUAAGUUCCAAAGAGUAAUUUGGUCAAUUUUUUAAUUUAAAAAAAUGGGGGUGGGGGUGGGGUUUGCAAUCAAAAUACAAGUUGUAUAAGGUAAUCCACUCAACUGCUUUUUUGUGUAAGUUAAUACAAAUAAAUAUACAUGAUAUAGUCCUGCGAUUUCUUUCUUAAGGAUGAGAAAAUGUAGGAGGCAAGCAUUUUGGCAGUUAAGUAUUAACAACGCAAUUCUCUGAAAGAUAAUAUUCUGGUUGGUUUAUUGAGGUCGAGACCGCAAAGAUCAAUCACAGUUAUUCCACAGAGCUAUUCUCUAUGUCUAUGCAGUUAUUCUUAUUCGAUUGCUUACGGUGUUUACACAAAAAAAAACACGGCAGCUUUUUACUGAAAACGCCCCAAUGAUUUAUUUUUUAAAAUUAAAAUUAAUACAAACAAACGAAGAAAAAAAAAACACCUCCCGAAACUGUAGUUGUUUGUUUUUUGUUUUUUGUUAGGCUGGUCGAAGUGCCAUACUCUUAGGCUUAAAGACGUGUUUGUUAGGCUGGUCGAAGUGCCAUACUCUUAGGCUUAAAGACGUGUUUGUUAGGCUGGUCGAAGUACCAUACUCUUAGGCUUAAAGACGGGUUUGUUAGGCUGGUCGAAGUGCCAUACUCUUAGGCUUAAAGACGGGUUUGUUAGGCUGGUCGAAGUGCCAUACUCUUAGGCUUAAAGACGUGUUUGUUAGGCUGGUCGAAGUGCCAUACUCUUAGGCUUAAAGACGGGUUUGUUAGGCUGGUCGAAGUGCCAUACUCUUAGGCUUAAAGACGGGUUUGUUAGGCUGGUCGAAGUGCCAUACUCUUAGGCUUAAAGACGGGUUUGUUAGGCUGGUCGAAGUGCCAUACUCUUAGGCUUAAAGACGGGUUUGUUAGGCUGGUCGAAGUGCCAUACUCUUAGGCUUAAAGACGGGUUUGUUAGGCUGGUCGAAGUGCCAUACUCUUAGGCUUAAAGACGGGUUUGUUAGGCUGGUCGAAGUGCCAUACUCUUAGGCUUAAAGACGGGUUUGUUAGGCUGGUCGAAGUGCCAUACUCUUAGGCUUAAAGACGGGUUUGUUAGGCUGGUCGAAGUGCCAUACUCUUAGGCUUAAAGACGGGUUUGUUAGGCUGGUCGAAGUGCCAUACUCUUAGGCUUAAAGACGGGUUUACUACGGCGAAACUGUAGUUGUUUGUUUUUUGUUAGGCUGGUCGAAGUGCCAUACUCUUAGGCUUAAAGACGGGUUUACUACGGCGAAACUGUAGUUGUUUGUUUUUUGUUAGGCUGGUCGAAGUUUACUACGGCGAAACUGUAGUUGUUUGUUUUUUGUUAGGCUGGUCGAAGUGCCAUACUCUUAGGCUUAAAGACGGGUUUACUACGGCGAAACUGUAGUUGUUUGUUUUUUGUUAGGCUGGUCGAAGUGCCAUACUCUUAGGCUUAAAGACGUGUUUACUACGGCGAAACUGUAGUUGUUUGUUUUUUGUUAGGCUGGUCGAAGUGCCAUACUCUUAGGCUUAAAGACGUGUUUACUACGGCGAAACUGUAGUUGUUUGUUUUUUGUUAGGCUGGUCGAAGUGCCAUACUCUUAGGCUUAAAAACGUGUUUACUACGGCGAAACUGUAGUUGUUUGUUUUUUGUUAGGCUGGUCGAAGUGCCAUACUCUUAGGCUUAAAGACGGGUUUACUACGGCGAAACUGUAGUUGUUUGUUUUUUGUUAGGCUGGUCGAAGUGCCAUACUCUUAGGCUUAAAAACGUGUUUACUACGGCGAAAGUGUAGGGGUAAACACAGGCGCGUCAUUUCAGUUUUUUCAGGGGCCCGGGGGAGGGGGGGGACUUGGUCAGUUUGUUAAGUUGUUUAUUGCUGUAGACGCCACAGUAAAUAACAAUUUAAAUAAAACCUUCAAAUACCUAAAUGACGUCCCUGAGUAAACAGGUCUGCUAUAAAUAAUAUAGGAACAAAUAUUAUAUGAUAUGGCUAAACUUUUCUCUCACCAAACCUUACCCCAUCCCCUUUGUUCUUGUGUGUGUGUGUGUUUUUUAAAUUAUAACUAUGCAACACAGUUCGGAACAUUACAAUGUUAUAACUUGCAUCUAUGUUAAAGUGUAGUUUUGUCAAAGUAAAACUCUAUUUCAUGGCAGAGUUUAAUAGUGAAUCCCAUGGUUAUGUCCAUUUAUAAAAAAUAUUGAAAUGGACGAUGAUUGAUGAAAAUCUGAAUACAGGAUGCCAACAUUUGUUUAACUAAAUACGAAUAAAGGGACUAGAAUAUAUGGCCUAGAAUAUAAAGGCCUAGAAUAUAGGGCCUAGAAUAUAUGGCCUAGAAUAUAGGGCCUAGAAUAUAGGGCCUAGAAUAGACCAGUGCUUCUAUUAGAGACUAAGUGGUAGUCAGCAGACCUGCACUGAUCUGCAAUCAACAGGCCUAAAGGUGUCGGCCUAAAAGAAGUUAUGAAAAUAGAAAGUAUCAAUAAUUUUAGGACAACUCGCUGCUAUAAUAUAACUAUACUUUUGUGGGUCCAUCACAACGAAAGAUCUGAGAAGCACUGGCAUAAAGUAAAAGAUCAAUAAAAUACUAAUUUGAAGAUAUUUUAUUCAAAUACGAUGACUAGUAGUAUGAAGAUUUAUCACUACCAAUACUGACCCAAAUCUUUCUCCCACCCCCACCCCACACUCCUCCACCUAACACUACCUGCCACUGGGGGGUGGGAUCAAAAGAGAAACAUGGGUUAACAGAAUUGUAAAGAUGCAGAAACAGAGCACUGGGAUUUCCCUCAGAAAUUUCAUUUCUCCGUAAAAAUGACAGUUUCUAAUUAUUGAAAGUAUACGUUCUAAAAACCCAAAGUUAUAAAAUCCUAUAGUAUAUCGUUCUUUGUAGUGGCUUAACUCGGAUUAGUGCCACCUAGGGUGGGCCACUAUUUUUUUUCCACUCCCUUCCACAGAAUCUCUGUGAUUGGCCGAAAAUGCGCCGCCCUUCAUAGAAAUUUUUUUUUUUUAAAUAGCCGCCCGGGGCGGACCACCCCCUCCAGAGCCCCCUCCUACCGCCACCGUUUCUAAGCCCCCCACCCCCCCCCACCCCCCCCCUUUCUAAGCCCCCCCCCCCCCCCCGCUUGUAUCGCGAUAAAUCUUUUCCCUCGACUCAGAGAUAUCAACAGAAUGGUAGUAACGUCACGUCAAUUCAUUAUUUCCAGGUAUUCCUUGCCUGCACCCACCCGCCCGUGACCAGCGGCACGCCCAUUGACUCUACAACAGAAACCAGCCUGCAGCAGCACGUCGACCAGCUCGUCAAUGAACUUACCUCGACCAACGAGCGGGAAAUCUUGGCUUUCCUCGAAAAACUUGACGCAUUAAACCCCGGCAGUGAUGGACAGGUAGAGGCGGUCAACGACCCUUUGCGUAAUGACACAGUCAGUGCCUCGGACAAGGACAUCUUAGAUUUCAUUAAUAAACUGGACAGCAUGAAUGGGGAGACGACUGGCAGCAGCAUCCAGCCGACCAGUAAACAACCGCCCAACGACCCAUCGUCCGAGUCGACAGACCAAGACAUAUUGGGUUUCCUCGAAAAGUUGGACAAGCUCAACUCUGAGACGGGCAACGACACAAACAUUGACCCGAUUCACAAUGUGACGUCAACGGGUUCCGACGAGCAAGACAUUUUGAAUUUUAUUAAAAAGCUGGACGAAACGAACUCGGAAUUGUCUCAAGCGCCCGUCGAGUCUAACACCGCCGAUCAGUUCGAUGGUUCUCCAACAACGCGCUCCAGUCAGUCCGGCCCCACCGACGACGGGGCGACAGUUUUACCGAGGGUCGACCACUCUAAAGUUGUCGAGACCUCAUCGAGCGGAAACCUUGACACGGCUGCAACAGACGCAGCCACUUCGUCGACCGCAUUCGGCCCCGAGGAUGAAUUCAGCAACGACCAAGUAGUAAGUUCUCCACCCCCGUUUACGCCAGCUAAGGUUGCGGUGGUCUCCACCAGCUACUACACGCCAGUUCUAAUCGCGAUCUGCGUCUUGGCCGUGCUAAUCGUGCUCGUCACUGCUGCUUUGAUGUGGAAAUGCUCGAACAGGAGGAGAAAAGACAUGAGUCUGAACAAAGACUUCAACAGGUGGGACCCCCAGCUUCUGCGCCCAACCAAAGCCGACAUGGACGCCUUCAUGUUCGGCAGUCCCCUGCCUUCUGUGUCAGAGAUGAUCAAACAGUCCGCAACUGGUGUUAGCAUGCGAGACGGUGGCUCUGUUACUGGACGCGAGUACGAUGCACAUCUUCAAAUAUAGGCUCAAUGAUCGAACAACCAAACUAUUACAAAAUAUUUAGAUAUAUAUUGAAAGAUACCUCAUUAUGCUCAGUGAUAAAAUAUGUAAGACUUUCGUGGCCAUUCAAUGGUUCUGCUUUGAUUGAUAUUUCAGAUUGUUGAAAAUGUUGCUUUCUGAAAAUAACAAAUUUAAGUUUAAGUUGGAUAUCGGGAAGUUCUUUAGUGAGCACGGUUGUACUUGUGCCUUUACAUAAACUUGUGAAAAAAACUGUAAAUAAUCCGGUCUUCCAAUAAUUAUCCUUUAUUGUUAUACUGUUAUCCAUGAUGACUCUCAUUGUUAUUGUACAAUGAAAAUAAUGUUCUGUUCAUUAAUCUAAUUUCAUCCUCACAUUUCAGGCCACUUUUGUACAUAUAAAAUUCAACUGAAUUUAUGUACUCAUUAUGUAACAUAGUUUUAAAAUAAAUAAUUAAUCAGUAUUUUUCUAAGAAGUGAAAAUUAUUUGGAAUGAACUAAAUACAUGUUUAAAGUUGAUAUGUUGUAGUGUUUAAGGUAAAAGCUGAUCUGUUGAAGAGUUUAAGGUCAAAGUUGAUCUGUUGAAGUUUUUAAGGUCAAAGUUGAUACGUCGUAGUGCUUAGGAUUACACUGAAGCUCAAAAUAAGUAUGCAAUUUGGGACCGUCCAUAAAGUACGUCACGCUAUUUUUUUGCCAAUUUGUACUCCUCCCUCCCAUCUGAC